AUGGCAGUGAUAUCUCUCCCCCCCGGUUUCCAGAUCGAGCCGGUCCAAUUCAUCGGGGAAGAGCUAUUGCCGAUACCAUCGCCACUGGGUGUGCUGGCGAACUUCAAUGGAAGCUUUACUGGGACAGGCUUCAACACAAUCUUUCGCCCGCAUAGCGGAGAAAAUGCAGUAUUUCCCCGCGACAACAUCUUGGAGCUGAAUCUGAUAGACGACGCAAUAACGUUCUCCGAAGAUUUUGGCGCCGUGCCUAACCGCGGGCUUCAGUCGCAGAGCAACAUCAUCCUCAAUGGCGUAUCCUAUGUACAGGCCGUCAACGAUGUGACAAACGAGAAAACUGGGAUGGCUGAUAAUCCUCCCACCGGCAUCCACUUCGAGACUGGAUUGUGGAUGAACGUCCCGGCCACGAACAAUACUCCAGUCCUUGGCGAAUCGCUCGUGCGCAUGGGGUCCAUUCCACAUGGCACAACUAUCAAUGCUCAAUGCCUAGCGCCUACUUCGAAUUUUUCUGGUCCACCCGAUAUCCCAGCAGCCAGCCUGGCGGUAUUCCCCAUAGGCGAUACUACUACCCCAGUGCCGAUUGGCAGCACAAAUGCCUCCGUCCCCACCGAUCUUCGACGCCCACAGGAUCUCUCGAAAUUCAUUGCUGCUGGCACCAUCACCCAGGAAAUGCUAGACGACCCAAACACUGUUUUGCGCAACGCCAUCGAAGGACAGACUAUUCUCCAGAACAUCGCCUUUACGGUGUCCACGAUGCCUUCGGCUCCGGUGUUCGGUGGUGGAACAGCGAACAUCGCAUUCUUAGAAGGCAACCCGCUCGCCACGACUCCAAAUGCCAAUGCAGUCCAAAUGAAUGCUACCUUCUGGAUCGAGACGGUGCAACAUGAGCUCAAAGUUCCAAUGUUCAAGCUUGGACAAGCCCCUAUGAAAGUCUCCCCGGAUUCACCAGCAGACAGGCCUGUGCCGGUGUUCCUCGUCAACCCACCGCAUGACAUCACUGCACCCAGGACGAUCAAUGUCACUUCGAUACAGAUUCAGUAUUCUCAGGUAGUGUUACUGGUAUUCGACCUCUUGGUCUGGCCGCAUUAUUCAGUAUCGACGCUGGUUCCAUCCGAUCCUGUAACAGUGCCAGACUCAGUCUGGAAUUGA